AUGUGCUCCGCGUCUCUGUUGCAAUUCAUAUGUUUCAUGAGUGAGAUGGUUUACACAGCGUGCGGUUUCAGCCUUUUCGUUCAUUCAAACAAUCUCGUUUGCGUUGGCGAGACAUUCGAGAAGUAUACAGGUUACUUCAGUGAGUACGAUCGUACCCCGCGGUACAGAAGAGGCAAGAUUCUCACAGAGGCUGACAGGAGAGGAAUCUUAGCUGACAUCGAGGAAAUUCGCCAGGAGUUAUUUCCCACUGGUAACGCUUAUGGAGAUGUCGCAUGCCGCACUUGGGAAUCGCCGAAAGGUUCAUACUGCGAAGGUAGCCAAUCAGGAGAAGCUAAAAUUUCACUGUCGAAGCAAGUUUCGCUUCUCAAGGCUGAAGAGGAGAAAAAUGACGAAGCCGUCAGGAGACACUCUGCGGAGGUAGAAAGCAGCAAGUGGGCACAAAGGUUCAUCACGAAACUCAAGUACAACUACCAGCCAGAUCGGAACAAACGCAGAUCUAGUUUAUUCGCACCCACUACAACGUUGAACGACAACACAAUGCAUUACGUAGAGGCGACACUUUACCACGCCAAUGCUGACCCAACUUCACCUGAUGCAAUCCAUUUGCACACCUCAUUGAAUUCCACCACGAGUGAUAUCAAUGAUGCUUUCAGUGGUCUAGAUUUAGUCGAGGACGACAAAGUGCGGUCGAACCUGAGACGCUUGGAGAGCGAGACAAUGCCAAAUCGGCGCACAAGCGAGAGCUCGGCCGACUCAGCUACUACAAGGACUAAUCGGGUACUGAUAGGUAUCACUGAGGCCGAAACACAAGAGUACUCAGGAGUCCUAAGACGAGAUAGUAUCACAAAACAGGUGAACUUACCAGAAGAUUUAGUGACAGAGGAGAAGACGAUCCCUGAUAAUUAG